GUCAAGUUUUACCUGCAGUUUAGCUACUGAGAAUAUGGCCUCAUUCUUCCACAGGAGAAUGAUGGCUUAAGGAAAUAAUAGUUUUAAAGGUUGAUUUAUGUGCCUAAGAAAAAGUGUUAGUCAACUUUACAAUCAACAACAGGUAACUAUCACCUCUAGCUUCUGGGCCGUAUUAUGUUAUUUCAGUGGAAACUCUUUUGUGAUUUGGAAAUAAACAAACCCUCGAGUACAGUUUCAUUAUGCUGAAGACAACAACCCAUGUGUAGUCUGUGGGUGGCACAGCUUGGCGAACUUCUGCUCUGUGUUCUGGUCACCCAGGCAGUUCUCAAACCAGCAAUGCCUCCGGUGAUCAAGAACCAGCCUUUCAACAUCUUUUGGGCUGCUCCUACUUUGUUUUGUAAGGAUCAUUUUGAUGUAAAUAUGAAUCUUCAAGAAUUUGACAUCAUUUCCAAUCCAUUAGAAACCCAGAGUGGAUCUACAAUUGCCAUAUUUUAUCCACACGAACUUGGCUAUUACCCUUAUUUCUCUGAAGACGGAAAAUCCUUCCAUGGUGGAAUCCCUCAGAGGGUGAACCUCUCUGAGCACCUAAAGAAAAGCGCCGGUGACAUUGCAGACUCUGUCACUUGGUGGAGAUCAGAAGGACUCGCUGUGAUUGACUGGGAAGGUUGGAAGCCCCAGUGGGAUCGGAACUGGGGCAGCAGGAUAGUGUACCAGAAGCACUCGUUAGCUUUCACCCGACACCACCAUCCUGCCUGGCCAGAAGCGAAAGUGAGAGCAGUUGCCACACAGGAAUUUGAAAAUGCUGGGAGGAGUCUUAUGAACGUUACUCUCACGUUGGCUUUAGAAAUGAGACCAAAGUGUUUAUGGGGCUUCUAUCUCUACCCAGACUGCUACAAUUAUGACUACCGGAUAAAUCCAGACUUCUACACAGGUAGUUGCCCAGAUGAUGAAAUUUUCCGCAAUGACCAACUCUUGUGGCUGUGGGAGAAAAGCACAGCCCUUUAUUCUUCGAUAUAUUUGAAUAAAGUGUUAAAAUCGAGCUUAAAUGCACUGAAAUUUGUUCAUUUCCGAGUGAGAGAAGCCCUGAGAGUUGCGGAAAUGUCUAGAAAAGACUACGCUUUGCCAGUUUUUAUUUUUUCCAGACCAUUUUAUUUGCACAGUAUUGAAGCUCUGUCAGAGGAAGACCUAGUUCAUACAAUUGGCGAAAGCGCUGCAUUGGGGGCAGCAGGAAUAAUAUUGUGGGGAGGAUAUGAAUAUUCUGAUUCAAAGGAGUCCUGCUUAUCUGUGCAGCAAACUAUUGAAGAGCUGCUGGGCCCCUAUGCUCUCAAUGUAACAUCCGCAGCCAAAUUGUGCAGUCACAGUCUCUGUAGCAGCCAUGGACGAUGUGUUCGAAAGACAGCUGACUCCUCCUCCUAUCUGCACAUGCCCGAAGACAGCCAGAAGGACUAUGCCACAGACCACGGUUUCAGAUUUGUCGCUUCUGCAAGGAGUAAGCUGAAGACAAUAAUGGCUAUGAAGAAUGGAUUUGUGUGCCACUGUUAUUACGGUUGGCACGGAGAGUCCUGCAGAUCUCGCGUUCCAAAUCUUUUGAGGCAGAAGAGCAGGGCUCCUGUCACUGCACUGAAUCUAUUAGUUUUUCUUGGCAUGACAUUAGCAGGGAUUCUGAUGAAUUUUUUUCUUAUUCCCUACUACGAAGUCAAUAUUUUCUUAAAAUACGAAAGAGAAGAAAAUAUUAUUUUUCUUUGAUUUCAACCCUUUUAUAAACAAUAUUUAGUUUUAAAUUCCAAACACACUGUUGGCUGUUCACGUCAUGCUGGGUAACAGGAAUACACCUGUCCUCUUGGAGCUUAGAAACUGAUUAAGGAUAAAGAAGCCGUAAAUAGGCGAGCAUAUGUGUUGGUGACGGAACUUUACAGAAUAAGGGGAAAACAGGCUUCAGCAUUAGGAAGGCUCAGAGAGCACUUGGAAUUUUAUGUAAGAUAGUCACAUAAAGCCUCUAUACUGAGAUAGCCAGCCAGCGAAGAAACAGGUCAACACUAUCAGGGAGCCAGACACAAUAGUUACUCCUGUAACCUGAGCCCCUGGAAGGCAGAGGUAGAUUGUAACUUGAAGGCCAGCUUGGCUUACAUAGUGAGUUUAAAGCCAGUCAAGAUAACAUAGUGAGAGCUUGUCUCAAAAAAAGGAAAAUCAAGUAAAAAAACAAAAAUCCAAAAGGCUGUAUCUGGAGAAAGAAUUCUUAAAAUAAGGAGAAGCAAAUUCAGAGGAAACAACUCUAUCUUUCAGGGAUUGUGAACUUUUAAAUAAUGAGGGAUAUAAUAGCAAAACACCACCACCACCACCACCAUCACCACCACCACCCCAGGAUACUAACCUGUGGAGAUGAACAGGACUUUUUAAAUGUAAGCAAUGGGGAUUAACUUUAUCCAGAGAACCUUGGAUAUUCACUUGGCUCAUCAAUACCAAAAGAUGAACCCUACUGGCUUCCUACAUGGUAGAAUUUAUAUUUCAUUAAAUAUAAAUCUUUCAUUUGAUAAAGCUUGGUUUAUUGAAAUACACUAUACCAAAACAGCUUGUCAGUUUUCACUGGAUGGUCAUUCAUUUGAAAAUCUCAUUGUGGGCCUUAAUAAUUGUCGUCCAAAUCAUUUCAUUUUACAGACCCAACAAUGAGUGUGGUGGCCUAAAUUUUAUUUACUUUCUAAAUCUAGAAGAAGUCGUUUCCUGCUUGAUAUGUUCUAAAUAUAGUACCAUUAGGUUCACUAUAUCCUAGCACACAUGUGGAAAUUUAUAAAAGGUCACUUUCAGAUUCUCGUGCUAACAUUAUUUGUUUCAUUAAUUAGUUAGUCCACGUAUUCUGGGGGAAAACGAAAAGGUAAAGAAGCAAUGAAAUAUAAAAAGCAAAAUUGAAGGGUGUAUGAGUUCUCCUGUCCCGUCACCUUCCUGUAGCACAAAACCUCUGUCUACAGGAAUUAAAGCCUACGCAUGGGCAUGCAAUGUUUUUCAUAAGUAUUCAACUGAUCACUAUAUCAGGCAGAAAACAACGAUUCUUUCUAGUCUUCCAGGGAAGGACAGCUAUUUAACAGUUAUUAUAUCAGGGUUCAGAAGCUGAACUUAUCCCAAUAUACUAGGAAAGGCAAAUAUUAAGCGUUACUACCAACUUAAAGACGAAGGGAAUAAAACACAUAAAGAAUAAUGGAGGCAUUCCCAACUUUGUCUAGCAACCAAGGAAAACAUCAGAGGUAGAAUCUAGUGUUUAAAAUGUCUCUGAAAUAAUGAGUACAUGUGAAAGGACUGACAUAUGGAGAAGAAAGGGGAAAACAUGGCAAGUUAGUAGAAGGACUGCUAGCAACUACAGUCACUUACUAUUUUCUAAAUAAGGAUGUUAUUGAAUUUUGUUUUAUAAUAUAACAUUAUACAAUGCCACAUUUGUACUACUUGUAUAUAUGUAUAUAUGU